ACCGAUACCUGCUGGCCGCCGACCUAUUCCUGCAUGUGAACUCAUGAUACCAUCUCGUCGACUCUGCCUCGGCGGCACAAGUGCUCGCGAGUUGGGUGGCCAUGAUGUCUCGAUGUUCCCUUCGGCCAGCUCUGGCCAACAUCGGCUGUCGCAUCUUGCGACCUGCUAAUCAACACGUCUGCUUCAAGAUGGCGCUCUCUGUUCUCUACUCCGGUCCUAUCCCUACUAGCACUGUCGCCAUGCGCAAGCGAGCAUUGCAUGACACGCCCUUGCGAGGCCAACCAACUUUGACGAGCCUGGCGCUAAUUGCCCCCAAAGUUCAGGCCCUGCAGCUCGUUCGGCGUGCCUCAGUUCUGUCCGCACUUCCAACCCAGCCGCCUCAGGGGAACCAGGCGCCCUACUCGACAGAGUCAUCAGCCGCAACAACUCCUACCACUCCCUUUGCAGAGCUUUGCGUUGGGGUGCCCCGGGAGACGUACCCUAAUGAACGCCGAGUUGCCCUCACGCCACAAAAUGUAGCGCUUCUCCUCAAAAAGGGGUUCGCAAAGGUGCUAGUCGAGAAGGGGGCCGGUGCGCAGGCGGACUUUCUCGAUGAGGCCUACGCGGCUGCUGGGGCCACCUUGGUCGACAAUGCCUCUGCUGUGUGGGAACAGGCAGACAUUGUACUCAAGGUGCGAGGUCCCAGCGCUGCCGAGGCCGACAUUGCCAGAGAGGGGCAGGCAAUCAUUAGCUUCCUCCAACCGGCCCAGAACAGGGCGCUGGUGGAAAGGCUCGCCUCUCGAAAGGCGACAGUGUUUGCUAUGGACAUGAUUCCUCGGAUUUCCAGAGCUCAAGUCUUCGACGCCCUAAGCAGCAUGGCCAACAUUGCCGGCUACAAGGCGGUACUUGAGGCAUCGAAUAACUUUGGCCGCUUUUUAACCGGCCAAGUCACGGCCGCGGGCAAGAUCCCACCGGGAAAGGUACUGGUCAUCGGCGCUGGAGUUGCUGGCCUCAGCGCAAUCGCCACCGCGAGGAGACUGGGCGCAAUUGUCCGCGGCUUUGACACACGGUCUGCGGCCCGCGAGCAAGUGCAGUCGCUCGGUGCCGAGUUCGUCGAGGUCGACCUACAGGAGGAAGGGGCCGGCGCGGGUGGCUACGCCAAGGAGAUGUCCAAGGAGUUCAUCGAGGCCGAAAUGAAGCUGUUCACAGAGCAGGCACGGGAAGUAGACAUCAUCAUUACCACCGCCCUGAUCCCCGGCAAAACAGCCCCCAAGCUCAUCACCAAGGCCAUGAUCGAGAUCAUGAAGCCCGGAUCCGUCAUUGUGGACCUCGCAGCCGAGGCUGGUGGAAACUGCGAAAAGACGGAACCGGGCAAGAUGAUCACAUACAGAGACGUCAAGAUUAUCGGCUACACCGAUCUCCCGUCGAGAUUGCCAACGCAAUCUUCCACUCUGUACUCAAACAAUAUCACCAAGUUUCUCCUGUCCAUGACCCCUAAGGAGAAGGAGUUCGGCAUCGACCUCACCGAUGAGGUUGUCCGAGGUGCAAUCGUCGCGAAGAACGGAGAAAUCCUUCCGCCCGCUCCUCGGCCCGCUCCGCCGCCUCUACCUGCUGCGCCAGCCGCCGGAAAGGAGGCCGAGGUAGUUGCCUUGACGCCGUUUCAGAAAGCCUCGCGAGAGGUCGCGCUGGUGACGGGAGGUAUGGGUACUGCUCUCGCCUUGGGCAAGCUCACUGGGCCCCUCUUCAUGGGGAACGCCUUCACUUUCGCUCUGGCAUCUCUGAUCGGAUAUCGGGUCGUGUGGGGUGUUGUCCCCGCGCUGCAUUCACCGCUGAUGAGCGUCACCAACGCUAUUUCUGGAAUGGUUGGCGUCGGCGGGCUGUUCAUCCUCGGUGGCGGCUACUUCCCGGAGACCAUCCCCCAACUGUUCGGCGCAGCCUCGGUUCUUCUUGCGUUUGUGAAUGUUGCUGGCGGUUUCGUCAUCACGAAGCGCAUGCUCGACAUGUUCCGGCGCCCAACUGACCCCCCCGAAUACCACUGGCUGUAUGCGAUCCCCGGGGUUCUCUUUGGAGGAGGGUUCAUCGCAGCGGCAUCCACCGGCGCUGCUGGCCUCGUCCAGGCUGGUUACAUGGUGAGCUCGGUGCUUUGCAUUACCUCAAUCUCCGGACUGGCCUCACAGGCAACGGCUCGCAUGGGUAACAUGCUGGGAAUGCUCGGUGUGGGCUCCGGCGUUCUUGCCUCGCUUUUGGCGGUCGGCUUCUCCCCCGAAGUUCUAGCCCAGUUCGGGGGACUGGCGGCCAUUGGUAGCAUCCUGGGCUUCCUGAUCGGAAAGCGAAUAACUCCUACUGACCUGCCCCAAACCGUGGCUGCGCUUCACUCCGUCGUCGGUCUUGCUGCGGUCUUGACCAGCAUCGGCAGCGUCAUGGCCGACGUGGCUCAUGUGUCAACGCUUCAUCUCGUCACGGCCUACCUUGGGGUCCUUAUUGGCGGCAUCACCUUCACCGGCUCCAUUGUUGCCUUCCUGAAACUCGCUGGCAAGAUGUCUUCCAGGCCCAUGAUCCUGCCCGGCAGGCACGCUCUCAACGGUGGGCUGCUCGCGACAAACCUUGCCACCAUGGGUGCUUUCGUGACGAUGGCACCUGGCUCCCCCCUCAUUGCGGCUGGCGCGCUUGCCGCCAACACCGCCAUGUCGUUCCUGAAAGGUUUCACCACUACAGCGGCCAUUGGGGGGGCCGACAUGCCCGUCGUGAUCACCGUCCUGAACGCGUAUAGUGGUUUUGCCCUCGUCGCCGAGGGUUUCAUGCUCGACAACCCGCUGCUCACCACGGUCGGGGCCCUCAUCGGGGUAUCAGGCUCAAUCCUUUCUUACAUCAUGUGUGUAGCCAUGAACCGCUCGCUCAUGAACGUACUCUUCGGAGGCAUCUCAGCCCCGGGCACCACAGACUUUAAGAUUGAGGGCAGCGUGACGCAGACCAACGUCGAAGAGACAGCCGACGCUCUCACCAACGCCGAAUCGGUCAUCAUCGUUGUGGGAUAUGGCAUGGCUGUCGCGAAAGCGCAGUACGCCAUCUCAGAUAUUACACGUAUGUUACGGUCGAAGGGCGUCAAGGUGCGCUUCGCCAUUCAUCCUGUCGCCGGCCGCAUGCCUGGCCAAUGCAACGUCCUGCUUGCUGAAGCCAGCGUGCCCUACGACAUCGUGUUGGAGAUGGAUGAAAUCAAUGAUGAUUUUGGCGAGACAGACGUCACGCUCGUCAUUGGCGCGAAUGAUACGGUAAACCCGAUUGCGCUGGAACCGGGUAGCCCGAUCGCGGGCAUGCCGGUGCUGCAUGCGUGGAAGAGCAAGCAGGUUGUGGUGAUGAAGCGAAGCUUGGCCAGCGGUUACGCGGAUGUCCCUAAUCCGAUGUUCUACAUGCCUGGAACCAGGAUGUUGUUUGGAGAUGCCAGGGUUACGACGGAAGCUAUCAAAGCAGCCAUCGAGGCUCGGCUCAAGUAGUAGACCCUGGAGGAUACGUCUGCACAUAUACCGCCCGUACAUAUGCACCGCCUCCUUGGUUGAUUGAUCUCGUUGCUAGAGAAAGAUCAUCUCGCAUGCAUCAUCAGCUUGCAUUUCAGGCGCGGAGGAGACUAGAGGACUGACUUAUUGUCUUCUUGGAUUUCUUUUCUUGGGACCCUCCGUCGUCCGCUUUGGCAGAUACCUUUUUGGUCUUAAGUCGUUGCUCGCCUAUCUAAGU